AUGAUGCGUUCAUGGACACGACUCAGUUCAGAAGCAAUGCUGAAAAUAUUUCUGGCUAUUUUUCUACUAAAUAUCUUAAAUUGUGAUCACAAAGUUGAAAGUGCGUUUGAAGAUUUAAGUUCAACAUGUAAAAAUCAAUUCAUCUUUUUCAACGAUGCUUUGUUGGCUCGACGUGACUGGGCACUUAAAAUGUUUGAUACUUGGGGAAAAUUUCAACAUUCGGUUUUGGAUGGAAACGUGAAUAACUUUGGAGAUUAUGAUUUAUGCCGCAGUUUCGUUCAUGAAUCUCCUGUGACUAGCAUAGGGACAGUGAAUGGUGAAUAUUGUUUAGUUUCAUAUAUUGGAGCAGAAGAAGAUAUCGAACCGUUCGACAUUAACUUUGAUUGGAAGGAAUUGGGAUCUCUUGCUCGUAGUCAAAAUCUUUACUUAACAACAGGAAUUUGCCUUCCAAAGUCUUGCACAAAAAAGGAUGUUGACGAGAUUGCAAACAUAGUUUUCUCAAACGCUAAUCUAAAUGUUACGUCAGUAUCUUGUGAAUCAAAACCGUACUUAAGAUUCAGCAAUAGAUUGUUGGCUGUUUUUAUCUUUAUUGGACUUUUAAUAACUGUGAUUGCAAGCACUGUUUAUGAGCUUUUUAUGAUUCAUCGUGACAGUGAAGGGAAAUUUAAUCUGAUCAAAAUUUAUCUUCAUCGGUUCUUACGUUACACUCCAGUUUUACUUUUUCUUGUCUUGUUUUUCAUGUCUUUCAUGCAACUUCUUGGAUCGGGACCAAUUUUUGAAAGGACACUUGAAGAUUGGUUACCAAAUUGUUAUAAUUAUUGGUGGUCAACACUUUUGCACAUUGCGACUUAUACCAACAUUGAUAAUCUUUGUCUUAAUUGGACUUGGUAUUUGUCAGCAGAUUUUCAAUUAUUCCUGGUUUCACCAAUAUUAAUUUAUCCAGCAUGGCGAUGGAAAUGGAAAAUUUUCGCAGUAGCUUUUCCCAUAGCGAUGUUGUCGUUUCUGAUUUACAUUUUUGUAGUGUCAAUAACUUAUGAGUUUUUGGUCUUUGUUGGACCUUUACAAUCGCAGGGACAGUUUGAUUAUGAUCGACUACUUUAUUAUCCAACUCAUGCACGAGCUGGCCCUUGGAUUAUUGGAAUGGCAUUGGGCUUCAUUAUGUAUCAACUGAAAGGAAUAAAACCUCACAUUAACAAAUAUUUGGCAACAUUUUUGUGGGUGGCUUCAUUUAGUCUUUUAACUGUGGUUGUUCUUGGAUAUUUUCCAUUUCAACAAGCUGAUGAAUACUUCACAAUAAACAAAAUAGUGAAUGCAUCAUACAAUGCUUUCUAUAGAUCAGGUUGGGCAUUAUCAUUAGCAUGGAUAAUUUUUGCAUGUCACAAUGGAUAUGGUGGAAUCAUAAAUUGGUUUCUUAGUCUACCGCAAUUUCAACCACUGGCAAGAAUGAGUCUCAGCGUUUAUCUUUCUCACAGAAUAUUUCAAAUAAUAUCAGUUGCAACCAUCAGACAGCCAAUUUAUUUAAGCCCAUUCAAUCUCCUUCAUGUUUACUUUGGUGAUGUGAUAAUGUCUUUAAUUGUCGGUAUAGCAGUUUAUCUUUGUAUUGAAGCACCAUUUGCAGUUCUUGAAGCAAGAUUAUCAGGAGAUGAUACAAAGAAGAACUAA